AUGGUUAAGCUGGAGUCAACUUCCAAUGCCAUUUGGUGGAUUAAAAAUCCCAAGGCAGCUAAAGAACGUAAGGCUAAAGGUCGACGUAAGACAUCAUUAGGCUCCGCUUUUUGCUUAGAUAUGGCGGAUCUGCUCAAGAAUAUAUCUCUGCAGGGAUACAACAAGCUUCUGUCACCGGAUCUAACUUUGGGACAAAGAAUGAUUUGGUUGCUGCUUCAUAUGACCACCGCCAUCGCACUAGUGGUGGUGCUCUCGCUUACGUGGGAGCAGUUCGUGGCCCAAUACUUUGUGACCAAUCUCAAGGAUCCACUUUAUCCGGUGGAAAAUGUUCCAUUUCCUGCUGUUUCCAUAUGCACCAACAAUCGUAUUUCGCGCCAGGCGGUUAUCAAGUAUGCUGAAGAGCUAAGAUUAAACAGCCCUGUGAUGCGUCCCGUGGAAUACUUUUUGGAGCGUUUACGCUUCUUCCGCGAGCUCUACGUCCGUGUGGGUGCAGUGGAGGACACCGAUGACUUUGUUAUAUUUCAAACCUUUCUUGAUGUUUUUGGCACCUGGAACAACGAGACCUUCUUCGACACCCGACGCAUAAUGAGAAUGUUGACCCCCAGCUGUGAGGGAUUCGUGCUGAAGUGCAGCCUGGCCAAUGUGGAGAUCCCCUGCUUCAGCAGAGACGCCUUUCAGGAGAGCCUCACCAUGUACGGUCCCUGUUGCACCUUCAAUAUGGAGAACAAAUUAAAGAAACGGAACUUCAAGAAUCGGCUGGCCAGCUCGGAACUGGGUCUCACGGUUGUGCUCAAUGACAGCCACGCGGAUUACUUUGCACCCAUCCUGAACACCAAUGGAUACAUCGUCCUGGUUCAUAACGCUGAGAACUAUGCUUCGGUUAGCUCCUCGAAUGCCCUGGAAAUGUUUCCCGGUCAGGGCGAGGACAGUUUCCUGUCGAUCUAUGCUCGAGUGGUGGACACGGACGACAGCUUGAAGUCCUUCUCGCCAUUUAGUCGGCGCUGCUAUUUUGACUACGAGGCUCAGAGUCCAAGCAACGAGCAGGUAAUGAGGACCUAUACGUACGCCUACAGCUUUCCAAACUGCAUUACCAGAUGCCGAAUCCGUAGUAUCGUCGCUCUGUGCCGGUGUCUGCCAUUUCAAAUGCCCCUGCAGCUGGUGGAGAACCUCGAUGGCGUGGUGUACUGCACCCUGGGACACGUUUCCUGUCUCAAUCAGUACAAGUUCAAGUGGCGCAACGUGCUGACGGAGCGGAUCAUUAUUCCCGGCUUGGAGCGGGAAAUAGAGGAGGCCUUGUACUGUCCACAGUGCCUGCCCUCCUGCAGUGAUGUGCAGUUCGGGGUUUCGAUGAGUUCUCUGCCCAUCGACAACUUUUUGGCCACCCUUAAAGUCGAUGAGAAUAACCAGACGGAAUUUAGCUCGAAUAUUUCCGUGCUGCGGGUUUUCUUUGGCGAGCCACAUGCCCAGUACUACAUCCGAUUGCUGAACAACGCCUGGUUUGAGGUGUUCAGUACCAUUGGCAACAUAAUGUCCAUCUUCGUGGGCUUCUCCAUGGUGGCCAUAUUCGAGAUUCUCUUCUUUCUGACUAAGUACAUAUAUGAGGGCUGCAAUCGCAUCGUGGAACAGAAUGUAAUCGACCGGAAGGCCAAGCAAUUGGAAACCAAUAAGCUGUACAUAUGUCCAUAG